UAUUUUAAAUGAGAUUAAAACUGCCAUGAAAACUUGUACAGAAAGUAGAAAGGAGUCAAAUAAAAUAAUUGACAUUAUAACAUAUGCAGAGUCACCAGAAAAGGAUAUUUUACUGGCAUGCAUUCGAGCAUUUCACAAAAUUUUUGUCAAGUUUUUGACAACAGGGGAGAUGUUCCUGGAAACUGUACCUACAGACACAACUGAUAAAGGCUUAAGCAAAGAAGUUCAAUAUAAAGUUUGGUUGAUGGAUCGUUACCAAGAUGCCAUUGACUGUUUGAUCCAACUUCUGAAUUCUGAAUUCUCAUCUGUACAGGAACUGGCUCUUUGUACUUUGUUGAAGUUUGUGGAGACAGAAGGAAAAAAUCCUGUUACAAAAAUUUCUUCAAAAAAAUCUCAUUUUCCUGUACCUCUGUUUAUGAAGAUAAUGACCCAGCUCAUGAAUACAGAAAUCAACCUCCAGGACCUGAUAGGAAAAUUUCAGGAGUACCUGGCUUAUGAUGAUGUACGAUUCCAUGUAUUAAAGUCAACCAUGAUGGACCUAAAGGGAAAACGUAACACGAAACCUGGAGACAUAUAUCUUAACAAUAUUUUUGCUGUCUUGGAACGCGUGACAUUUCCAGCUUCACCAGAGGAAAAUCUAACAACAUAUUUAACCACAUUGCCAGAUGAAGACGUUCACUUGAAGAUGUCGUCAUUGAAGGAACAUAAGCGUUUGUUCACUACUUCCUGGGUAACAUUUCUGGCCUUCCAGCUGCCAACUAACCUGUAUCGACGGACUCUGAUCAUUCUCCAUGACAAGGUGAUGCCAUAUAUGACAAGUCCACUGAUGCUGUGUGACUUUCUUACCGAGUCUUACAACAUAGGUGGUGCCAUCAGUCUGUUAGCCCUAAAUGGAAUAUUUGUUCUUGUUCAGAAAUAUAAUCUAGACUACCCAGACUUCUAUGGUAAACUGUAUGCCUUAUUCGAACCGUCAGUCUUUCAUGCCAAGUACAGAGCAAGAUUCUUCUUUCUGGCAGACCUGUUUUUAACAUCCACCCACCUGCCUGCUUACCUGGUUGGAGCAUUUGCUAAGCGACUAGCCAGAAUUUCACUAACAGCUCCUCCUUCUGGUCUGACGGUGUCCAUACCGUUCAUCUAUAACCUCAUCCACAGACACCCAAACUGUCGUGUAUUAUUACAUCGCACGGAGGGACCAUCAGAAAUACACGAGGACCCCUAUGAUCCAAAUGAACCUGAUCCUACAAAGUGUCACGCUAUGGACAGCUGUCUUUGGGAACUUAAGAGCCUACAGUCUCACUAUCAUCCAGACGUGGCCAGGAGCGCACAGAGGAUUGAUGGCGAAAUCCAAACCACAGAAACUGACCUCUCGGACCUCUUUGAAACCUCAUAUGAUGAUCUGUUUGAAAAAGAAACACGAAAGAAAGUAAAAUUUGUACCUGUGAACUUUGAAACUCCAAAAGGACUGCUGGGUUCAAAAUCUGAUCGAAUGAAGUUGUGUUGGAGACUGGAAUAAUUAUUUUAAGUAGUCAAGAGAGAUGUUGGAGGGUGAAUAUGGUUGGAUAAAUAGGAAGGGAAAAUGGGAUGGAGGCAUAUGUUGGAGGGGCUGGAAGUGAAGGGGUAUGAAGGAAUGAGGAGAAGGGGUUGGGGAUUGUCUGACCAGGAGCUGAG